AUCACACAGGAUGCACAGCAUUAAAAGACGCCUAAUGGCCUACGUCACCGUAAUGUGGGCGCUGAUUAGGAUGUUCCAGAACAAUCUAGAUGACCAAGGUUUAGUAUAAAAGAACCAACAGUCCUGUCAGUUGACAAUAUAAAUGAUCAAGAACAAACAAAUUUUUAAUGAUGUAGACGCCAAUAAUGCGGUAUCUACCCAGGGAAAUGUUAAAUCCGCCUCGACAAAGCCACGUGUGACAAAGUUGAGGUUGAUUCCCGAAACAAAAAAGAAUGCAGGGAAGGGGCCGGAGAGCGCGGACCAACCGAAAACCAUCACCAUAGACAACAGCAAGAGGAAGGGGCCGGAGAACGCCAAGAACGCAUCAGAGCCAGACAAAUAUGGACUUCUGAAUAUUAACAACAUUAAGCUUAACGCGGAUCAUUUGAGGAAAUUGAUUUCUGUCAAUGGUCUUGGCUUUAUGUUAAUAACUGAAACCUGGCUUGACGGCACCAAUGAUGAUGUUUUGACCGAUUCUUGUCCUGGAGGUUUCAAAGAAAUUCAUGUUAAUAGAUUAGGAAAAAAAGGGGGUGGAGUCGCCUUAAUUUAUUCAGAGAGAUAUUCAGUCUCCCAACAAUCAUUUGAGUUUAUUUCAGUGUUUGAAUACUUAGCAUUUACGAUCAAUGAGCCAAACAAAGCAGACAUCCUAGUUGUUAUUGUCUAUCGGCCGCCCCUAAGUAAGACAAAUAAGUCUACAAAAACACUCUUCCAUAGUCAAUUUAGAGUAAUGAUGUCCGAUAUACAUCGCGAUUAUCGUAAUAUCAUUAUAGCUGGGGAUUUUAAUUUUUCUAAACUAACAAAACCUUUCAUGUUACAUUUCCACAAAUUUGUUCAGCAUGUGAAAAAACCCACCCACAAGAAAGGAAAUAUACUGGAUCUAAUAUUUGCUAAGGGUAUUGAGGUUAUAAUUAAAUCCAAUAAAUUAAUUGAAUUUUCGGACCAUCGUUUUAUCAGUUUUAUCUCCGUUUUAUCUCCACCGGCCCUCACCACCGGCUUAGAAGAUCGAUUUCAAAGACUUGGGAUAAAGGAAAAGUAAACAGUCACUUUUCUUCUGACAAAUACAAGUCCCUUAGAAUAAAAGAGUCUGCUAAAUGCCCUGAAAGUAAAUGUGAACCAAAUGUUCAUCAUACAUUUUUAACCUGUAAAGUAGGACCUGGCAAGCAGCUCAGAAGAAAUAAUUGUUCCGAACAUACACGCAUGUUUUGCCUGUUUGUAGUAACCAAAUGUUAUUUUUCCCCAAACAAAAAUAAAACUUUUUAAAUUGAA